AAAUGUGGAAUACCAUGGAUUUUGGAAAUAAAAAUGAGAAAAUAGUUUCUAAAACAUUCAAGUAGUGUAAUAAAUAUGAUAAAAAUUGAGUUAAGGAAGGAAAAUGGAUUGAUUUAAAACAAUUAUUAUUAUUAGGAGUAAUAAUUGAUGCCAAAGAAUUGAAAUUUGAGAAUAUGAAAAUGAACAAAACAUAUGUAAAUGGAUAAUCAUGUUGAGU